UCAACAUUUCAACAUAAGACAGGAUUCAGUUGCCGCCAGUGUUUCUUCGCUCUCACCAAUGACCAACUUUGGGUCGUAACCUCGUCCUUGUCGAAUCUUUUUAUCGCUGUUCCUUCUUCGUCACCUGCUUAAUAACGCGUGCACAAGCGUCACUCCUCUACAGACCCAAAAGUUUAGACAAAGUUCUUGACACAGAGCGCUGUCUUGAAGAUCGUAAUUGUGUUGUUUCAUUUGGCCCCUUCAAUAAGCUUUACCUAUCCCUUACCUUAAACUUUUCAACCUCGUCAACAGCAUCAAAUACUAUAAUAGAUUUCUAUUUACAUUAAUUUUUCCAUGGAAGCUCAACAGAUUAUUUCCAGAUUUUGCCCAAAAUCAUCACUAGCUCCAUCAAUUCCAAUGGUGAAGCAACCCUUCUCUUUAAAUUUCCCUCAUCUACACUCUUUAUCGUCAUACCCUUUUCUCCAGUCUCAGAAUCUUGGAGCCCCUACUGGAGCUUUACAUGCUAUCAGCGUUGUGGAUAAAGAAGUUUAUUCUAGUUCUUGGAGAAUAUGGUGUAGCAAGAGUAGUAGUAGUACUGCAGAACCAGAGGAGGACCGUAAGUUGAGGGCUCAGGUUACAGUGAGAAGGAAAAAGCUAGCAGUUUUCGUGUCUGGCGGAGGAUCCAACUUCAGAUCAAUUCACGAGGCCUCUAAAAGGGGAUCGCUUCAUGGAGAUGUUACUGUAUUGGUCACAAAUAAAAGAGAGUGUGGAGGUGCACAGUAUGCAAGAAAUAAUGGUAUCCCAGUUAUAUUGUUCCCUAUAGCAAAGGAUGAACCCGAAGGAUUAUCUCCUAGUGACCUUGUUGAUACACUAAGGAAAUUUGAGGUGGAUUUUGUUCUUUUAGCUGGAUACCUCAAAUUGAUACCUGUGGAAUUGAUCCGAGCUUAUGAAAGAUCUAUAUUCAACAUUCAUCCAUCACUUCUUCCAGCUUUUGGAGGCAAGGGCUACUAUGGCAUGAAGGUUCAAAAAGCAGUAAUUGCUUCUGGAGCAAGGUUUUCAGGUCCUACCAUUCAUUUUGUUGACGAACACUAUGACACAGGGCGUAUCCUUGCACAGCGUGUGGUUCCUGUGCUUGCUAAUGAUACUGCAGAAGAGUUGGCUGCAAGGGUUCUCAAUGAGGAGCACCAAUUAUAUGUUGAGGUGGUGGAGGCUUUAUGUGAAGAGCGUGUUGUUUGGAGGGAAGAUGGUGUUCCUCUCAUCCAAAGCAAAGAAAACCCCAAUGAGUUUCGGUGAUUAUCAUUAAUAUGGCGCACAUCUCUCUCCCUUCUUCCACCACCUCCAUUGUGCCCUCUUCACUGCCAUUGGCAUCCUUUCUUCGUCCAAUUCAACGAACACUUCUAUUUUCUUCUACGUCCACUCCACCAGAGCCUCUUCGUCCGCUUUCAUUGUUGGCUUUGCUUCUUCUGUCUUCACCUCCACCAAA